UCAGAGGUGGACCUAUGACAACUGGUGAUUAUCCAACAAAAGCUAUGAAUAAAACAGCUUUCGAUUUGGAUAAUAUAUUUGAAUCAGGAUCCAGACGCGGGACAAACAGUUGGACAGGGAAAGUCACUGAGAGAAAAGUUGGCGCAAAUAACAAAGCUGAUGAAAGUGGACGAUUUGACGAUUCCAGUCGACUUAAAUCAGCAAAAAGUCAAAAGAAUCGAACGACAAGUCCAGUGCUCGAGGUACCUGGAUAUGAUCGCAUACAACGAAUGGAAAAUGAAAUUAAUCGCCUAAAUCGAGAAAUAGAAUCUGUAAAACGUAAACAAAUAGUACGAGAAGAAGCAUUGAUGGAGGAAUGGCGAGAAAAGAUGAAACGUCGAGAACGACAAUUUGAAGAGGAAUUUGCUGAUUUGGAGGAGAAUUAUCGAAAACAGAUGAGUCGUUUGAAAAAUGACCAUGAAAAUGUGUCGCAAUCGAUUCGUGAUAUGUUCCACAAUCAAAUCGAAACAUUAAUAAAUGGACAAAAAGAAUCAAAAAGUUAUGAGGAAAUGCUGGAGAAAGUGAAUGAAUUAAUUGGAAAAAUAAGCGAAAUGACGAUAAAUUUGCAUAAGCAAACGGACAAAAGUAACUCCGAUCAGAGCCAUUACAUUUCAUUCAGAGAGCAACAACUUGAGAUUCGAGAAGAAAGAAUCAAAAAGGAACAGGAAUGGCUGGCGAAUGAAAAACAGCAUGUGAUGGAAUUAAAUUUGAAAUUACAAAGUCUGUACGACAAUAAUGAACAAAAUACGCUAAAAGAAAAGUGGCAAGUACGUGAAGAACGCCAAAAACUGAAUGCAGAAAAAGAAGCAUUUAAAAAUGAGCAGUUAAAAAUACUAGAUGCAACGGAACAACAAAAGAUCGAACUUGAAACUUCAAAGUCCAAUUUUCUGCGUGACCAACAUGAUCUAAUAAUGCGAAUAAUGGCAGCAAAAUCAUCAUUGGAAGCUGAAAAGAGUACAUUUGAUGCGCAACGUCAACAAGAUGUGGCAAGGUUAAAAAUGGAAGCCGAACAGCUUGAUCAUAAAUUGAGAGAGGUGCAAAAUGCUGAAGAUAUUUUACAGAAUACGCAACGAAUUUAUGAACAAAAAUAUCAACAGCUGGUGGUAUUGGAACGAGCACUUAUAGAUGAAUGUUUCGAACUGGAACGAUGUCGCAAGCAAUUAGAAACCAUUCAAAAUGACAAUCGAAAAAAACGUAAUCCAAGGAAUGAACAGUUUCAGCAAGUAAUACCAACACUGGAUACAAACGGUUCAGACUUCAUCACAGAUCCAUACAUCGAUGAAAGGCCUAACCGAAGGGAGAAAAAAAGCUAUCAAGCAAUAUUAAAGAUGCAUGCCGGAACAAUGGAGAGUGUUGCUUCAGGACAAAGUCUAAAUACGCAAGCCUGA